CGCUACAUCACAAUCGUACAUAUUCGCACUAACCAUCAAUUACCAUGAUGUAUAGAGUAGGGCUUCCACUAUUUUUAUGUGUGCUGACCACUCUCGUGUGCUCAUCCACCUUCAUUAAUUCUGCCUUUCUGAUCGACCUCUGCGCUGAUGAGACGCCCGCAAGCACAGCUAAGCUGGUCGAUGCUAUAGCCACGGCCAAAGCAGAUAAGAACACAGACUUGAAUACAUUAGUAAAUACACAGACAGAUAUAGGUGAGUCGCUGCUACAUCUAGCGUGCAUAUGGGGAGAUCCCAUAAAGGUUAAAGCGUUAUUAGAGGCUGGGGCAGAUCCCAACUUCCGUGCGAACAAGCAAAGGUCUUCGCUGGAGAUGACACCACUGACGUGGUGUGCGUAUGCGGGGUAUACAGAUGCGGUGGAGAUGUUCGUUAAGGAUAAGGGAACAAAUGUGAAUGUCAUUGUACGUAAGGAAGAUGGUGGCUCGCAUACAGCGUUGGAUAUUGCGUUGCUGAUAGGUGAACGGGGUGCGGCCGAGGCCAAAUUGUUAGUAGACGCGGGUGCGAAAACGUACGAACAGAUCUUGCAGGAGGUGAAGGGUCACGACGAGAUCUGAUACGUUUGACCAAUCUAUGGAGCGAAGGUUUAUAGGAUAUAGGUGAUGGAUAGAUUUCCUGUUCUGCUUCGUUUGUAUACCAUAUGGGGCCGUAGGGUAAAUUUCUAUUGUUUGCAGGGUUUGGAAGUAUUAAGUUUGCACUAAUCAUGCUAAUUGUAUCGACCUAUUGACUAUUCGGGAACUGUGGAGCACAAGCUUGCGAUCAGACCAUUUAGACGUCGGUUGGAUAGCAAAUACACUACGGUGUCUUAGAUUGCGUGGGGUAUGAUAGGGGCCACUCAGUUGGCGUCUGUGCGGUUGUUAUCACGAAAAUUCGUUGUAUAUGAGCGCAGAGAUUUGAACAGUUCAAGAUUCUGCGCUGUACUGCAGACAGUCGAGGAAUGUUGAGCUUUCAUAGUAGACUCAUGCGUUUUCGCACAGCAUGGUACUUGAUUUUGACGAAAGCCGCAUGUGGCAGACUAAGUACUGAGUUGCUUGAGUCUUCGAAAGGUCGAGUUUUAUGCUCAGAGUUUAUGAGGUGCGAAAGAACAAUAGCUGUCGCGAAUUCUGCCAGUGUGUACUGCCGGAACUCAUAGGGCUGCUUGAGCUAUAUUCUUUACCAUCGUCUUUGCGUAAAUGUGCUCAAAACAAGUCGAUAAUAUGGACGAAGGUGCUGCAUCAGAACUCGGGAAUGUCUAUGAACAGAAUUGCAGUCGAUUGCAUCUGAGGUAUGCUACACCACGUGCACUGGAUGAGGACUGAGUAUAUCCUAAUGACUUCUAGUUGGAGCAAAUGCACCGAGCGCGGCCAACCUUGAAUUGAGUACGACUGAAGGUCAUAGCAAACGGUACAGUAGAGGUCACAUAAACAUACAAAACUCAUUGAUUGUACUGCUGUUACAACAGCUGUAUAUAAAUUUUCUGGCAGCAGAAUAUUUGCAAUGGUACG